UUGAAUAUGGAUUGAGAUUAGCACGUCGAAAAUUCAGAGAACAGCCCACAAUUUGCAAAACAAGGAGGAAGGAGCCGGCGACUUUUUUCCUUGUUUAAUUUUGAUUGCAUAAUUGCAUGCUGUUGAUGCUCAACCAAAAGAUUCAUGCAUGAUUGAGUCAUUUCCAUAAUUGCAUGCACAUACCAAUAAACGCCAUCCGACCAUCGCCUUUCAAUUCUCUUUCUCUCCAUGCCUCUUCACCCAUUUCUGCCAUUUGGAGAGACAUGGGAGCUUGUUGUUCCAAGGAAGCGUUGUAUGGAGGAGGGUACAUAGAGGAUGAUCGUACGAACAAUCGGCAUUUUAACGAAUCUGAGGGUAAUGAUGAGGAGGACAAUGUAAGGCACGGGGACGACGGGGCCCGCAUACGGUUGCAAGGGUGUUCUAGGUUCACAUCAAUGUACACCCAGCAAGGAAGAAAAGGGAUCAAUCAAGAUGCCAUGACAAUUUGGGAGGACUUUACUGAGAAAGGCAUGUACUUCUGUGGUGUGUUUGAUGGUCAUGGCCCUGAAGGUCACAAAGUUGCCAGAUGUGUACGUGACAAUUUGCCCUCGAAGCUCUCCCAAGUGAUCAAAAUUUACCGACUUAACACCGGAAUAUUCAGUGACAUUGAUGUUGGAAGUGAGCUCUAUGAAAAUGUUGGUCACAGACACAAGAAGAAAGCCAGUCAGGAUAUGCCCCUUUCUUCAUGGGAAGCCAGUUAUGUUAAAUCAUUCAAGGAAAUGGACGAAGAACUUAGCCUCGAUAACACCAUCGAUAGCUUCUGCAGUGGAUCAACAGCUGUAACUGUAGUUAAGCAGGGUGAUCACUUGGUAAUUGCCAACUUGGGGGAUUCUCGUGCCGUUCUUGGCACUAGAUCAGGAGAGAAAAACCAGAUAUGUUCUGUCCAACUCACAGUUGACUUGAAACCAGAUACUCCAGGUGAAGCUGAGAGAAUAAAGAAUUGCAAAGGCAGAAUUUUAUCAGUGGACGAAGAACCAGAAGUGUAUAGAUUAUGGAUGCCCGAUGAAGAUUGCCCUGGUCUAGCAAUGUCAAGGGCUUUUGGAGAUUUCUGUGUCAAAGAUUGUGGCCUAAUCUCAAUCCCUGAAGUAUUCUAUAGAAGGAUCUCAAGCAGUGAUGAAUUUGUGAUCUUGGCAACUGAUGGGGUGUGGGAUGCAUUGACAAACACUGAUGUGGUAAAGAUAGUUGCUUCAGCAAAGAGGCGAUCCAUUGCAGCCGAAUUGGUGGUUAAGCGUGCUGUUAGAGCAUGGAAAAGAAAGUUCCCAGAAUCGAAAAUCGAUGACUGCGCAGUCAUAUGCUUGUACCUGAAAGACCAACCAUCAUUAACACAAACCGCAUCUAACUUGAGCCGUGGAGGCAAACCAAAUGAUACAGAGCUUUCAUUGUCUUACUAUAGCACAAGAUCCAACAUUGUAAGUGAUGUGGGAUGCCCUGCAUCUGAGAUCAGUAGCAAGAUCACAGAAGACUCAAAGGAAGAGUGGAAUGCGCUUGAUGGAGUUGAAAGAGUAAAUACCAUGUUGAAGCUUCCUCGGUUUUCUAAUGGUUUGAAUCGGCGGAAAUCACAAAAGGAUGAUGAAGAUGGUGAAAAUCAGGAAUUAGUUCAAUGAUGAGGUCUUAAACAG